AUGGACGUGGACGUGGACGUGGACGUAAACGUGGACGUCGACAUGGUCGUGGGCGUGGACAUGGACAUGGACGUGGACGUGGACGUGGACAUGGACGUGGACGUGGACGUGGACGUGGACGUGGAUGUGGACAUGGACGUGGACGUGGACGUGGACAUGGACGUGGACGUGGACAUGGAGGUGGACGUGGACAUGGACAUGGACGUGGACGUGGACGUGGACAUGGACGUGGACGUGGACAUGGACGUGGAUAUGGACGUGGACGUGGACAUGGACAUGGACAUGGACGUGGACGUGGACAUGGACGUGGACGUGGACAUGGACAUGGACGUGGACGUGGACAUGGACAUGGACGUGGACGUGGACGUGGACGUGCACGUGGACAUGGACGUGGACGUGGACAUGGACGUGGAUAUGGACGUGGACAUGGACAUGGACAUGGACAUUGACAUGGACGUGGACGUGGACAUGGACGUGGACGUGGACAUGGACGUGGAUGUGGACGUGGACAUGGACGUGGACGUGGACGUGGACGGGGACGUGGACGUGGACGUGGACAUGGACGUGGACGUGGACGUGGACAUGGACGUGGACGUGGACAUGGACGUGGACGUGGACGUGGACAUGGACGUGGACUUGGACGUGGACGUGGACGUGGACGUGGACGUGGACAUGGACGUGGACGUGGACAUGGACGUGGACGUGGACGUGGACAUGGACGUGGACGUGGACAUGGACGUGGACGUGGACGUGGACGUGGACAUGGACGUGGACAUGGACGUGGACGUGGACGUGGACGUGGACGUGGACGUGGACAUGGACGUGGACGUGGACGUGGACAUGGACGUGGACUUGGACGUGGACAUGGACGUGGACUUGGACGUGGACGUGGACAUGGACGUGGACGUGGACGUGGACGUGGACGUGGACAUGGACGUGGACGUGGACGUAGACAUGGACGUGGACGUGGACAUGGACGUGGACGUGGACAUGGACGUGGACGUGGACGUGGACAUGGACGUGGACAUGGACGUGGACGUGGACAUGGACGUGGAUAUGGACGUGGACGUGGACAUGGACAUGGACAUGGACGUGGACGUGGACAUGGACGUGGACGUGGACAUGGACAUGGACGUGGACGUGGACAUGGACAUGGACGUGGACGUGGACGUGGACGUGCACGUGGACAUGGACGUGGACGUGGACAUGGACGUGGAUAUGGACGUGGACAUGGACAUGGACAUGGACAUUGACAUGGACGUGGACGUGGACAUGGACGUGGACGUGGACAUGGACGUGGAUGUGGACGUGGACAUGGACGUGGACGUGGACGUGGACGGGGACGUGGACGUGGACGUGGACGUGGACAUGGACGUGGACGUGGACGUGGACGUGGACGUGGACAUGGACGUGGACGUGGACGUGGACAUGGACGUGGACGUGGACAUGGACGUGGACGUGGACGUGGACAUGGACGUGGACUUGGACGUGGACGUGGACGUGGACGUGGACGUGGACAUGGACGUGGUCGUGGACAUGGACGUGGACGUGGACGUGGACAUGGACGUGGACGUGGACAUGGACGUGGACGUGGACGUGGACGUGGACAUGGACGUGGACAUGGACGUGGACGUGGACGUGGACGUGGACGUGGACAUGGACGUGGACGUGGACGUGGACAUGGACGUGGACUUGGACGUGGACAUGGACGUGGACUUGGACGUGGACGUGGACAUGGACGUGGACGUGGACGUGGACGUGGACGUGGACAUGGACGUGGACGUGGACGUAGACAUGGACGUGGACGUGGACAUGGACGUGGACGUGGACAUGGACGUGGACGUGGACGUGGACAUGGACGUGGACGUGGACAUGGACGUGGACGUGGACGUGGACGUGGACGUGGACAUGGACGUGGACGUGGACGUGGACGUGGACGUGGACGUGGACAUGGACGUGGACGUGGACAUGGACGUGGACGUGGACGUGGACGUGGACAUGGACGUGGACGUGGACAUGGACGUGGAGAUGGACGUGGACGUGGACGUGGACAUGGACAUGGACGUGGAUGUGGACAUGGACGUGGACGUGGACAUGGACAUGGACGUGGACGUGGACAUGGACGUGGACGUGGACGUGGACGUGGACAUGGACGUGGACGUGGACAUGGACGUGGACAUGGACGUGGACGUGGACAUGGACAUGGACAUGGACGUAAACGUGGACAUGGACGUGGACGUGGACAUGGACAUGGACGUGGACGUGGACGUGGACGUGGACAUGGACGUGGACGUGGACGUGGACGUGGACGUGGACGUGGACAUGGACGUGGACGUGGACGUGGACGUGGACGGGGACGUGGACAUGGACGUGGACGUGGACAUGGACAUGGACGUGGACGUGGACGUGGACGUGGACAUAGACGUGGACGUGGACGUGGACAUGGACAUGGACGUGGACGUGGACGUGGACGUGGACGUGGACUUGGACGUGGACGUGGACGUGGACGUGGACAUGGACAUGGACGUGGACGUGGACGUGGACAUGGACGUAGACCUGGACAUAGACGUGGACGUGGACGUGGACGUGGACGUGGACCUGGACGUGGACGUGGACCUGGACGUAGACGUGGACGUGGACGUGGACAUGGACGUGGACGUGGACGUGGACGUGGACAUAGACGUGGACGUGGACGUGGACGUGGACAUGGACGUGGACGUGGACGUGGACGGGGACGUGAACGUGGACGUGGACGUGGACAUGGACGUGGACGUGGACGUGGACGUAGACGUGGACAUGGACGUGGACGUGGACAUAGACGUGGACGUGGAUGUGGACGUGGACGUAGACGUGGACAUGGACGUGGACGUGGACGUGGACGUGGACAUGGACAUGGACGUGGACGUGGACGUGGACAUGGACGUGGACGUGGACAUGGACGUGGAUAUGGACGUGGACGUGGACAUGGACAUGGACAUGGACGUGGACGUGGACAUGGACGUGGACGUGGACAUGGACAUGGACGUGGACGUGGACAUGGACAUGGACGUGGACGUGGACGUGGACGUGCACGUGGACAUGGACGUGGACGUGGACAUGGACGUGGAUAUGGACGUGGACAUGGACAUGGACAUGGACAUUGACAUGGACGUGGACGUGGACAUGGACGUGGACGUGGACAUGGACGUGGAUGUGGACGUGGACAUGGACGUGGACGUGGACGUGGACGGGGACGUGGACGUGGACGUGGACAUGGACGUGGACGUGGACGUGGACAUGGACGUGGACGUGGACAUGGACGUGGACGUGGACGUGGACAUGGACGUGGACUUGGACGUGGACGUGGACGUGGACGUGGACGUGGACAUGGACGUGGACGUGGACAUGGACGUGGACGUGGACGUGGACAUGGACGUGGACGUGGACAUGGACGUGGACGUGGACGUGGACGUGGACAUGGACGUGGACAUGGACGUGGACGUGGACGUGGACGUGGACGUGGACGUGGACAUGGACGUGGACGUGGACGUGGACAUGGACGUGGACUUGGACGUGGACAUGGACGUGGACUUGGACGUGGACGUGGACAUGGACGUGGACAUAGACGUGGACGUGGACGUGGACGUGGACAUGGACGUGGACGUGGACGUAGACAUGGACGUGGACGUGGACAUGGACGUGGACGUGGACAUGGACGUGGACGUGGACGUGGACAUGGACGUGGACAUGGACGUGGACGUGGACAUGGACGUGGAUAUGGACGUGGACGUGGACAUGGACAUGGACAUGGACGUGGACGUGGACAUGGACGUGGACGUGGACAUGGACAUGGACGUGGACGUGGACAUGGACAUGGACGUGGACGUGGACGUGGACGUGCACGUGGACAUGGACGUGGACGUGGACAUGGACGUGGAUAUGGACGUGGACAUGGACAUGGACAUGGACAUUGACAUGGACGUGGACGUGGACAUGGACGUGGACGUGGACAUGGACGUGGAUGUGGACGUGGACAUGGACGUGGACGUGGACGUGGACGGGGACGUGGACGUGGACGUGGACGUGGACAUGGACGUGGACGUGGACGUGGACGUGGACGUGGACAUGGACGUGGACGUGGACGUGGACAUGGACGUGGACGUGGACAUGGACGUGGACGUGGACGUGGACAUGGACGUGGACUUGGACGUGGACGUGGACGUGGACGUGGACGUGGACAUGGACGUGGUCGUGGACAUGGACGUGGACGUGGACGUGGACAUGGACGUGGACGUGGACAUGGACGUGGACGUGGACGUGGACGUGGACAUGGACGUGGACAUGGACGUGGACGUGGACGUGGACGUGGACGUGGACAUGGACGUGGACGUGGACGUGGACAUGGACGUGGACUUGGACGUGGACAUGGACGUGGACUUGGACGUGGACGUGGACAUGGACGUGGACGUGGACGUGGACGUGGACGUGGACAUGGACGUGGACGUGGACGUAGACAUGGACGUGGACGUGGACAUGGACGUGGACGUGGACAUGGACGUGGACGUGGACGUGGACAUGGACGUGGACGUGGACAUGGACGUGGACGUGGACGUGGACGUGGACGUGGACAUGGACGUGGACGUGGACGUGGACGUGGACGUGGACGUGGACAUGGACGUGGACGUGGACAUGGACGUGGACGUGGACGUGGACGUGGACAUGGACGUGGACGUGGACAUGGACGUGGAGAUGGACGUGGACGUGGACAUGGACAUGGACAUGGACGUGGAUGUGGACAUGGACGUGGACGUGGACAUGGACAUGGACGUGGACGUGGACAUGGACGUGGACGUGGACGUGGACGUGGACAUGGACGUGGACGUGGACAUGGACGUGGACAUGGACGUGGACGUGGACAUGGACAUGGACAUGGACGUAAACGUGGACAUGGACGUGGACGUGGACAUGGACAUGGACGUGGACGUGGACGUGGACGUGGACAUGGACGUGGACGUGGACGUGGACGUGGACGUGGACAUGGACGUGGACGUGGACGUGGACGGGGACGUGAACAUGGACGUGGACGUGGACAUGGACAUGGACGUGGACGUGGACGUGGACGUGGACAUAGACGUGGACGUGGACGUGGACGUGGACAUGGACAUGGACGUGGACGUGGACGUGGACGUGGACGUGGACUUGGACGUGGACGUGGACGUGGACGUGGACAUGGACGUGGACGUGGACGUGGACAUGGACGUAGACCUGGACAUAGACGUGGACGUGGACGUGGACGUGGACCUGGACGUGGACGUGGACCUGGACGUAGACCUGGACGUGGACGUGGACAUGGACGUGGACGUGGACGUGGACGUGGACGUGGACAUAGACGUGGACGUGGACGUGGACGUGGACAUGGACGUGGACAUGGACGUGGACGGGGACGUGAACGUGGACGUGGACGUGGACAUGGACGUGGACGUGGACGUGGACGUGGACGUAGACGUGGACAUGGACGUGGACGUAGACAUAGACGUGGACGUGGAUGUGGACGUGGACGUAGACGUGGACGUGGACGUGGACGUAGACGUGUAG